AAACAAACGUCCUUUUCUAAAAUUAAAAACAUCUGAUUAAAAAUUUGUAAAUAAUCAAAAUGUAUCCCAAUAAUUCUUGAAUUAAUUUUUUCCAAAGUCCUUAAUUAUUGUGCCCAAAAUUCUCUCCAAAGUGAAUCUGCCAACGUCUUUGUGUACUAUUUAAACGUGUCAAAUCAAUAAAAUAGCUGUCCACUUCACUCCUCUAUGGUGCAGUUUUAUAGUCUGACCGCUGGUCAAUACUUUCCUCAAACAAACAUUUUGUGAGCUUCAAUCAUGGACAAGGGCGAGCAUUCCAGAAAAAACGACUCGCCAGACGAAGAGAAACCCCUGAAAAAAGCCAGGUACAUGUGGGAGAUAAAAGGAAAAGGCCAUUUGAAAGAUUCGAGCAAAUUGCCUGUAGACGAUACUAGUGGUUCCAGUGAAGAAGUACCAGCUAGAAAUCCGUCACCAGACCCUGAAAAUUGUUGCCGUGCAUUUUUCGUAGCCCAAACUGAAGAUUUCAUUGACCAACAAAGAUCAGAAGAUGAAGAAUCUGACAGCACUGAAAACGAAAUUCCCGUUACAAUGGUUUCAGCUCAGGCUAAAGAUCAAGAUUAUUAUUUGAGGAAGUGGCACGCCAGACAAAUAGCUCGUGGAUUUGUUGAUAAUACAAUCAACAGUAUGUUGGAGCAUUGGAUUGAUCGUCCCUUUGACCCGUCUACUAUUGUGGAAGACACCGAAAAUGACGGCCAAGUUGAAGACGAUGCUAUUUUGAUGGCAAUACAAUCACAUGGGCUCCAAUCUGAUCCAAAUUUGCGCCCUUCAACAUUGUUCAGUUCCAAUUCGAAUUCCAGUGUUGGUUCAAAUGUGGCUAUUGCUGGCAGUAUAGGGAGCGAAUCUCGUACUGAGGGUUUGAAUAACAAUCAGGAGCCUGCUGUUGAUAAUUUGGAAAAUUUGCAAAAGGAACAAGAAAAUGAGUUGUUGGUGGGUUCUUCUUCGAGUUCAUUGAGUGUCGAAACUGCAAGCCCGAUGUCCAAUCCUUUUGAGGCCGAAUUGGAUUUUUUAAAUGCGGCAGUUUCGGUUGCCAUACAGAAAAAGGGACUCACUUAUGGAUAGUUUAAUCUCAAUAAUGUUUGGUCUAUUAUUAUUUUUUAACAUGUAAUUAUUUAAAAGUUCACUUGUAACCUUAGGUUAGCUUACCAAGAGUAUUUUCUUUUCUUAUUGUUUGUUAUAAAAAUAUAUAAAUAUAUAUAAUUUUCUAAUUAAAUUAGUUUAGGACUCGGUUUAGAAAUAUAUACAUACAAAAUACAUUGAGAAUUUUUCUAAAAAUAAAUUUUACUAAGUA